AUGUCGGCCAAGUUCCUAGUAAGAUCUCUUUCCCUCGUCCUCUUGACGGCCGCCGGGUUGACAUUCGCCUCCGACGAGGUCGACAACGUCAUAUCCCGGCUGAUGCUUUCGCACCGGAACAACAUCCUAGCCCCUCUGGCUCAAAGUGGAAUUUCAUCCAGCGGCAGGGCUACGGCUACACCCUCUUACGCUGAUUGCGGAGUGGCCAACGAAAUGGCGACAAGCAAAAUCUUUGGUGGAGGAGAAACGGCACCCAACGAGUUCCCCUGGCAAGCGACCCUCCUAGUUGUCAAAAGCAGCAACGAAACAAAUUCGACAAAUUCCUGCGGAGGCAGUCUGAUUGCCGAUCGAUGGAUUCUGACAUCCGCCAGCUGCCUGGAAGGGCCACCAGGGCAAGAUUUAGAGGCGGUAUAUGUUUAUCUGGGAGCGCACAACAUCAGUGCCCCAUCAGAAGCGAAUCGCAAAGAAUAUUGGGGAAACGAAAUUUUUAUCCAUCCCAACUGGAAUCCUACCACCAAGGCCGGAGACAUUGCCCUGGUUAAACUCUCAACCGUCGUCGAGUACACGAAAUACAUCCAUCCCAUCUGCCUGCCAAAUCCAUCCGAACCUGAUUACGUCAACCAAAACGUCACCGUUACAGGAUUCGCUGUUGUACAACUUGAUGAUAAUGAUCCGAGCCUCAUACUUCACAAAAUGAACGUCACUGUCGCAUCGAAUAGCGAUUGCAAUGCCACCUAUGACAACGUCAUGACCGAUCAAAUGAUGUGCGCAACAGGAGCUGCCGAUAGCGAAAUUUGCAAGGUCGACGAAGGCAAUCCGAUUAUGGUCAAACAGACGGACGGAAGGUACAAGCAAAUCGGGAUCGUUUUACAGUUUUAUUUUUCAGACUUCUGCCAUUUUCGCGAACCAUUCGCCUACACCCGAUUGAGUUCUUAUUCGUCUUGGGUCAACAACAUUACCUCGCCUGCUCCCAGUCAAACUUCGACCACCAGUCAAUCUUCAACGUCGACCAAUUCCACGUCUACUACACCAAGGACACCAACUACUACACCGAGCCCAUCUUCUUCGGCAACCAUUCAAACUUCACUCGCUAUUUUGUUGCUCGUUUCAUUGAUCAGUUUUUCGAUAAAUUUCUAAAUCUGUUUCCCACCCCAUCCUGCAUUUCUAAUUCUGGCGUUUCGUCUAUCAAAGAAUUGAUGAUCAAUUUAAAUCAAAAAGAUGGGAAAAAUAAAUGCUAUUCGAUUUGAAUCAAUAACACAUGAAA